CAUGAUAAUAGUCCACGACAUCUCACCAUCUUCCCCCGCACUGGUCCCCGCUAGAGACCAUUAGGAGGAUUCUUAAGCCUGUAAUUACCUGGGAUGUAGGCUACGACCGAAGGACUACCUAAUACCUAAUACCUUACGCGUGGAUAUUUCCAAAGCCUUCCUUCCAGCUCUAUAUGAAAAAGGUUUCUAAUUUCUUCGCGCGUGUUUGACUGUCAUAGACGCAGAGUUGUGUUGCUAUCAACCUACGGAAGCAAAGGCUACCUUACCCCUAUUUCGCAUUUCUACGUUACGCGCUAAGGGUACGUAAAAUUUUUCAAGUGAGUUAAUAAAAAAAAAGGAAAAGACGUCGAGGCUCUCAUACUCUUUCACUGAAUAACAAUGGCGCCUCCGUUUCGCGCCGAGCACUUGGGCUCGCUGCUGAGACCUGAUGAAUUACUCGAAGUGCGUGCUGCUAUUCGGGAUAAGGGCAUAUCUGCGGAGGAGGCUGGACUACCAGCUGUCGAGAAAAAGGCCAUCGGUGAAGUUGUCAAACUGCAACAGGAAUUGGGUCUUAAGGCUAUUAACUCGGGCGAGUAUAACCGCACUCGGUUCUGGGGUCUCUUCUGGGAUGAGAUCGUAGGCACUAUUGGCUUGCAAGAUGCCGAGGCUAGCAUGUUUCGGUUAUACCACCCUGAUGUCGUGAGCUUGAUCGAGAAGGAUAGGAAGGUUUUCCCUGGGGAAUCUGUCAUUGCCGGAAGCAAGCUAUCGCACGACCCUAGCAAGUCGAUUUCUAACUUAGACGAACUUCGGGCUGUUCAGGCAUUUGUUCCCGAAAGUGAAUGGGGCAAUAUCAAACUCACCAUGAUUGCGCCAUCAUGGUUCCACAUGAGGUACAAGCAAGGACGUGCCUACACUAAGGAUGCCUACGCCAACGAUGCCGAAUACUUUGCGGACGUAGCCAAGGUCUACCAUGCCGAACUACAGCACCUAUACAAGGCUGGGCUGCGAAAUGUCCAAUUUGACGACCCGGGAAUGGCCUACUUUUGCUCUCAGGACUUCCGGAAAGGAUGGGAGGAGGACAAUGAUAAUAUUGGAACCUGGGAAGACCUCUUGGAUGCCUAUAUUAAGCUGUACAACGACUCGAUACGCGGUUUACCAGCGGACUUCCACUCUGGCAUCCAUCUAUGCAGGGGAAACUUCAUAGGGGGUAGGCAUUUUGCUACCGGGGCCUACGACAUCAUCGCUAAAAAGCUCUUCGAAGAGCUUGACGUCAACACCUUCUAUCUCGAAUACGAUACUGAGCGCUCGGGCGGGUUUGAGCCCCUUAAGUACCUUCCCAAGAACAAGAACGUCGUUGUCGGCGUCAUUAGCACAAAAUUACCGCAGCUGGAGGGCAAGGAGCCCACGAAGGAGCGUAUAUAUAAGGCGGCGGAAUUUGUUGCGGAGGGAAGCGGCCAAUCCCGCGAAGAAGCGCUGAAAAGAAUCUACAUCAGUCCCCAGUGCGGUUUCAGCACCCAUGAGAGUGGAUAUCCCCUAACAGUGGAGGACGAAAAGAAGAAGCUAUCAUUAGUUAGGCAGAUUGCUGAUGAAAUUUGGGGCGAGCCUUAAGCAUGUAUAUGACAUUUGAGUCCUGGAUUGGUAACGUUGAAUAUCAUUGGGAAAGGCUUAGCGGCGCAUGCUUGGUUACUUCAACAGUCCAAAAAUGGGUUUCACGGCUAUAAUAUGGGUGGUG